CACACUACAAGCGUAAAAUUCGCUUCCAACGCCCCAAGAUUUACGCUUGGGGCGUUUCUUCGAGCCCCGCGACCAACAACCAAUCAGAAUCUCCAUGUGAAUCUCCCGCCCCGGACAUACAAAGUGAAAAACCCCGGUUCUUCUCCACUAUUGCUAAAAUGGAUGCCGGUGUUGUAGCAAGGGUAAGCAGGGUAACUCGUGUGUGUGCAAGGUUGCAUUUAGUGUAUACAUUGUCUCGCAUGAGGCCGUGUAGUGUGCGUCGCUUCUGGGUACACCCGAUACUCCGAAAGCGUCUACAAAGGGGGGAAUACCACCUUCUGGUCCAGGAGCUCCGUCUCGAUGACCGCCUUUUUCAGAGGUACUUCAGGAUGAGCAAGGAGGUGUUCGACGAGUUGCUCGGAAAGGUGGGCCCACUGAUUACAAAGGUGGACACCCAUCUGCGUAUGUCAAUCGACCCCGCCGAGCGACUCGCCAUCUGCCUACGGUACCUGGCAACUGGUGACUCGUACGCGACGAUAGCCUUCAGCUAUCGGGUCGGGCGUUCUACAGUGGCAGUCAUUGUCAAGGAGGUUGCGGGGGCCAUCUGGACCGCCCUGGUCGAGGAGUGCAUGCCGGUACCACAGGUGGAGGAUUGGAGCUCAUGCUGCUCGUCCUGCUCAGCUUUUGCAUUGCAGGCCAGAGACUCCUUAAAAAAAGGAGGUCCUCGUCUUCCACCUCCACCACUGGUGGUGGGGGUGGUGGUGGUGGUGGCAUGGCCAGCAUCGGGCCUACGGCCGACAGCAGGUUCUCCUCAAAAGGGGACAUCUCCCUUCCCCUGCUCUUCUUCCCCCGGAAUGCUGGCACACCGUCUGGCACACUGGCCGGCACACUGGCCGGCUGACUGCUACCUGGCUCUGGCUGGCUUUCCAGACUGUCAUCCAGGCUGUCACCCAUAG